GAACCAUCAACUCAUAACCUUUCACACUGCUUUCAUAUCUCUCCACAAUGGCCCCAAACAACCCUCAACUGCAUCCUGCUGCCACCUUCAACAAUCAAGGAUUCUAUAAGCCCUCUCGAUAUCUUAGGUAUCUCAAGUAUUUUCACAAUCGUCCACUCUAUCCAUCCUUUCCCAUUCAACCUUCUGCCUUCAGAAAGUAUGAUCUUGACAUUCCUAGUCUCAUUCACAAACUUGGCUGGGAUUCUCUCUUUGAGAAUCAACGUUUCAGUCAGUGUCCUGAAGGAGUCAGAAUGUUCAAUGCUAGUCUGAAGCAUGGCCCUGGCUCCAGUCUUUCCUUUUUCACCACUGUGGUGUAUAGCCAUGAGAUCAAGGUUACAACCUCCCUCCUGGCUGAAACUAUUGAUCUCCCCUGUCUCGGGUCUUCUGCAGCCACAAAUGAUGAUUUUGCUUCCAUUGGCUUUGAUUUCGGUUCUGCCAUGGAAUCCCUUACCCAUGAUAUUGGGAGGUACUAUCCUUCCAUGCUAUCUGCUGGCCGUCUUGCUGAUCAGUUCAAAGUGCUCCACUUUUUCAUCACAAGGAUACUGCUUCCUCGCAGUAUCUCUCAAAAUGAACUUGUGCAUCCUGCUGAUGCUUGGAUUAUGGCCAAUGCUCGCGAUGGGAUCCAACUCAACUUCUCUACUCUUAUGUUUGCUCAUAUGAUCAACUACGGUGACGAGAAUUACUCUGGCCCUCUCCCGUUUGGUCCUCAAAUCACUCGUCUCCUGGAUAGGGUAGGGAUUGAUCUUCGUGAUAAGCUAAUUGUAUGUGAUGUCCGAGAGGACCUGCGUGCUCAACACAUCCUUACUCGUGUUGAUGCCCAAGUUGAGGCUGCAUCUGCAGUACUUGACAGAAUCACUGCUGUCAAGCGCAAGGAACUAAUCAGUUUAGAGCUUCAUCAUGCUCAGAUCAAGAGGGCAAAGGAGUCCGAGUCAUUAACCACUCAGGAGGAAGAAGCCGAGGGUAUAUCUGAUUAUGAAUCUCCACCCGAAUAUGAUUUUUGAAGUGGAGAACCAGUUUAGGGGAAGUGACCAGUCUAGAGGGAGUUCAUAAGGAGGAUCUGGUUAGGGUAGCUUUGAAGUUUUGUCGGUCCUGGUGUCAGUGUUAGGUUAAAUCGAUAUGUUUUCUGCAGUCUUUUCAAAUAAAAUGAACUUUUCUUU